CCCAAAGGCUAUAUUGUACCCUCCCGGCUAACGUGUAGAAUACUUGAUUUCAUACACGUAGAAACGAUUGCACAAAAAUUCAAUUUAGACCCAACGUCCUAGGCACUUACUUUCUUGAAACCAACUGAAGAAAUGGAGAUUUGACACCCCCUACAACCCCCGCUUAGUACGCCCCUGCCGAUGGGUGCCGAGCCACAUCGGGGCAGACUUAACUGUAUGCGCCCCGAAUGGACGCUUUUGGUGUCUGUGGUAUUUAUGUUUAUUCAUAUUUAAUUCUUUUAAGGAGGGUUGCCCUUCAACAAGUUGAUUUUCAAGGGGCCCUCCGAUGAAAACAUUACUUGCAAAAGAUACGAAAUAAAAGCUAUUAAACUAUUAUUGCUAAAUAAAAGCUUUUAUUGGCCAGAUGAAAAUUGACCGUUAUCAUUCUUGUACUGGAACAGCUGGUUUGCUACUAACAUUUCAAAGAGCCUUGAGAAGACAGGAAAGACGGAUUUUGGUCUAUAGUUAGACUUGUCAGUUUUAUCCCCAUCUUUGAAAUUGGAGUGACUCUAGCAACUUUCCAUGAGUCAGGAAAACGACUUGUUUCAAUUGAUGUAUUAAACAAAGAAGCAAGCGAAAUUUUAAUAAAAGGAAGCACAAGCUUCAGAAUGUAGCUAGAGAUGUUAUCAGUCCUAAAGCUCUUUGCAGUCUUAACCGUGGCAAAUGCAUCUCUGAUCUCCUGCACUUCAAUAGACUUGAAGCGGAAUGUUGCCUUAUGUUUGUUUAUUUCAUAAUGACCAGCAAUAAGGGGGUUUGGGGCUGGAUCUAUUUUGUCAGCAAGAUCCUUACCUAUGGAGCAAAAGAAACUGUUCAUUAAAUUAGAAAUAUCUUUUUGUGAACAUUUUCAGAACCUGAUUCUUCAAGACAAUCGAUGCUGCUGGACUUUGAUCUUUUAUUAAGGAGUUCAUUGAUUGCUUUCCAUGAUUCUUUCAUGUUACCUUGACACACAGAGAUCUUAUUAGUACUGCUUCUUUAGCCGGAUGUUAAGGAUAUUGACCUUGUUACGAAUCUGUUUGUAAGAGUCCAUAUGGAAUGGUGGUCUGGGUUUUAUACCGGUCCAGUCACCUGACAUAGAAGGGAUCAACUAUUUGCUUUUAUUUUUCAUAGUAGAGACUCUUCCAGUUAUGCCAAGGGGAAAAACCUCCUGCUUCCUGCAAAAAAUGAAGGUAAAUCCCCUUAACCAUGUAGCAUGAACAGCUCAUUUGCGUUUGUAAUGUUUGUAAACAGAUAGUAUUUUAACGUGGUGUUCGUAAACAUCGGAGAGGAAAAGGCAAGUUAUAAGGGUAAUGCAAAGCAACUGUUUGCAAAAUUAUAAAGCAAUAUUCUGUGGUAUUGGAUCAUCUUUGGAGGCAGUUCAGUUUUCGGCACUGUGUCUGGAGUAAGAUAAGGCCUAUGGUCUAAAGAAAGCAACUUGCCUUCCAUUCGCAAAUUUAACUCACCAACGUUCGUGUAUUUUAGAAAUGGAAAGAGCAGAGAAGCAGGAAAACUUUUUCAAGCUUGUGCUAAUUAUUGUGGAUAUUAUUCCAAAACAUUUGCGAAAUCUUUUCAAAGAUUCGUGGCUUCAAAACUACGGUCAGCCAUGGGGUGACAACAGACAAGCUGGAGAUAAAAUGAAACGUGAAAUUGCAAAAUUCGGUGGGACCUAUCCAAACCCAGACGUAGAGCAAAACGUCACGAACGGAGAGACCGAGAAAUGGGACUGUUCCACGCUUUUCUUUGCUCUUAUUUUCUCAAAGCUGGAUUUAUUGUCAGGGGAAAGCAGAAUCAGAAUCAACAAUAUCCGCGCAGUAAGAAACCAAUGUUUUGCUCAUUCUUCCAAAGCCGAGAUACCAAGCGAUAUUUUUGCCCAAUUAGUUGAAGAUUUAGCAAAGAUUUUUAGAUAUUUUGGUUGGGAUGAAAAAGAAAUCACUUCAAUUCCCAGAAUUCCAUUGACAACGACUGAUCUGAUCUUAAAGAAAGCAGAGAUAAUGAUUGAGAAAAAAUACGAUGACAUGUUGAAGGCGGUGUCUCUAGUUGCUGACAGUGCGAGAGCAGAAACAAACAAGCGGUUUAGCAGCGUAGAAAGCAAGGUUGAAGACUUGAAGAAAGAAGUGCAAGAAGUGAAAUGCAAGAAAAGAACUUGUUUCAAACACAGUAAUGGCUCUUCUAUGCUCGCUGUUUUUGCCGUUAUCAUCGAGUUUUUCAGCACUGUUUUUCUCAGCAUACUCCAUGCUUGCCACAAAGUUUAUUGUUUGGAGCCAAAGAGAGAUCGAUUCUCAAAUUUUGUAAAUUUCAUUCACAAGGAGGGCAUUCAAUAUGGAUUCCACUCGGACACAUUACAGCGGACAUAUCAGCGAACGCUAAGAAACUGGACCAUUCCCUUUAUAAACAAAGACAAAGAAAUCAGAGUCGUAGAGAAACCCAGGGCAAAUUUCAUGGUAAAGCUUGCACUAGCUGAUAGUCGAAACCUGGAUCAGGAACUAAAGUACGCGAAUGAGGUCCAGGACUAUAUAGAGAAGCUUAGCCAAAGUGGCCCGAUUGAAAUAAAGAAUGUUUUAGACGAGGUGAUAGGAUGUUGUUUUAUUAGAGGAGUCGCCGGCGUUGGGAAAACCAGUCUUGUUGAGUACAUUACCUUAUCUUGGGCUGAAGAUGAGUUAUUUCGCGACCGCUUUGAUGCAGUUUUUCUCAUCAAAUGUAGAUACAUAGAUUCAUUUAGAGUUGAAACGAUAAACGCUGACUUUAAGCGACAAUUUGGUGUUGACCCUGAUAUGCUGAGGGAGUCUGGAGAACGUGUUCUAAUUAUUAUCGACGGCCUUGAUGAGGUAGCUGAUCUCGACAAAAUGCUUUCCAAAGAUAGUAUCAUUCAUGUUUUGAUGAGCAAAAACAGUUGGUUUAUCCCAGGUCAUGUCACCUUGGUAACGGGUAGGCCCCAUAUAGAGGCUGUGCUCAGGCAGCAUGAAUACGACAUCACAGGGCAACUAAGGACCAUUGAGGUAGUUGGCCUUGUGAGAGAAACAAUUGAAUUGUUUGUCAGCAAUUUCUGUGAUGGAGACUUGGCAUUGAAAACGAGGAUUCUAGAAUUCAUUGACAGCUCACCGUGCAUUGCUGGUCUAGCGACGAUACCGCAAUACCUAAACAGCCUCUGUUGUGUCCUUGCCAUUGAGAAAGAGGGCAUUAAAAUUGAGAAGUCUACUUCCUUAUACAUUUGGAUUUUCGUUUCGUUUUUAAGACACCACAUGAAAGAAUUCAAUAAAUUUCCAUAUGAAAUUCUUGAGGAUGAAGAUGUGAAAAGGUUCCUAAGCGUUAUGUCAAAGAUAUCUUACGAGCUUUUGAUUCAAAAUAGAAUCGUUUUUAACGUUGGGGAUUUCGCUGAUUUUGACAACAUCAUUUCAACUGAUACUAAAGUCAGAGAGAUGCUUGAAUCCUUCGUAAUCAAGAAGAAAUGUUCCACCGGGCUCUCGUAUCAGUAUCGACAUUUGACACUGCACGAGUUCCUUGCUUCGAUUCACUGUUUUAAACACAAUAUUGAUACUAACUUUUUACUUGACAAACAGCUUUUUCAAGUCGUUACCUUCGUUGCUGGCUUUGUCUCUACUGACAAGAGUAAUACAAAAGGGACGAUCGAUAGCUUAUUUGCACGAUGCCUUGAUCGAUCACAUACUGGUGUCCAAUCGGCGGGAGAAAUUCUCGAACAGGUUAUUGAAAGAUAUCGUUCAGACAACGAGACUUACAGUAGAGUUUUCCUCACUGUUUUUCGUGAGCUAUACGACACAUGUGACCAAAUAUCUCUAGAUCUGAACCUUAGUGGCUGUCUAUUAUAUCUAAACCCUUUAACAUCGCAUAGCUCAAUGCUGCUUACACAUAUGAUGGACGUUAUUAUAAACAAUGAUUGCCAAAAAGCAAUGGGUGAUCUGAAGAUCUUUUUGUACUCAACAGUCCUAGAAGAUUCGAAACUAAACAGAAAGCUUUUCGAAAAACUGCCCUACUUUCAAACAGUCGGGUUCAAAGCGUGUAGUAUACCAACGUGUCUGUUUGAAGCGUUGAAUUCAUCAAUGCUCCUGCACAGAAGUGUACUCAAUCUGAGAGAGCUUGUCUUCUAUAAGUGUGAAUUGAGCGAGGAACACUGGAAUUGCCUAGCACCCUCACUAUCGCUUGUUGAGAAAUUCACCCUCUGGGAAGACGAAUUUGAUCAAAAAAGAUGUCAAGUCGUUGUUGAGAGCUUCUCAAGCAGUUUCAGUCUAGGCAGAUGCACGACAAAAGAGCUGCGGCUUUUUGACUGCAAUAUUGGCAUGGAUGUCAAAAGAGCGUUAAUUGACUUACAGAGCUUCAUUGAGGUGAAAUUUUCCAAGUCAACGCAGAAUCAGGAUGUGAAGAAAGCUCAAGAUGUAAAGCUUACAGACUUUAAUGAUGUGAAGUGGAAGGAAACAUCAAUACGGAAGCUGAAAUUUCGAUCUUCGACCAGCUUAGCAGAGCUGCUAAAGGAUGAAAAGGCGGGAGGAAAAUGCUGGGUAGAGCUUGCAGAAACCCUUCAUUUUACUAAAGAUGAGAUCGAGAAGUUUCGAAAUGAUGGUGAACCAGUUCUGCUCAUGUUGAAUGCGUACGCUAAAAAGCCUGCAGCGUCUAUUCCUGCGCUAUUGGACGCUUUCGUUAUUUUGGGACGCUUGGACUGCUGUCUUGUUUUGCAAACAUAUAUCGUCUCAAUGGAGGCAAAUUGAUAGAACUGAACAAUUUUGUGAAUAGGAAUUCAUUAAAGUUGCAUCGUUGCAUCAUUAAAGUUGCUUUAUCAUUC